CGACUCGUCGACGAACACCUGUUCACCGGCGAGAAGUUUAUCGAUGACCUAUUCAAUACCGUAUUGGACGAUCAAAAUCCAUCAUCAUGGCACCCACCACCAACUGACCAUGGUAGUCAGCCGCCCUUUAAAUACCCAUUUUCAUUUGCCAAAACGGGUAGAUUUAGCGGCGGCUGGACUCGACAGGUCACUGUCCGGGACCUACCCAUAGCCCAAGCCAUGGCAGGGGUACAAAUGCGACUAAUAAAGGGUGGCGUACGUGAGCUGCAUUGGCACGUAAGCGCCGAGUGGGCCUAUAUGAUCCAGGGCACUUGCCGUAUCACCGCCGUCGACGAACACGGUAGGGCGUUUGUCGAGGACGUAAACGAGGGCGAUCUUUGGGUAUUCCCGGGCGGUAUACCCCAUAGCAUACAGGGUGUGGGCAAAGACGGCUGCUUUUUCCUGCUGGUGUUUAACGAUGGUAAUUUCAACGCGUAUGACACAUUUAUGCUCACCGAUUGGUUCCAACACAUCCCGCUCGACAUACUGGCCAAGAACUUUGGUGUACCCGAGUCUACCUUCGCUAAUAUCACCCACAAAGAGAUGUUUAUCUUUGCCUCACAGAUGCCCCGCGGCUUACAGGAGGAGAAGACAGCCGCGGCUAAGGGCACGGCAUAUGUGCCGAACCCGUUCUCGUUCUUCGCCAGCAAAAUGACACCCAAUGUCACCCGAUCUGGAGGUCGGGUCAAAGUGAUCGACAAACGCAACUUCCCGGUGACCACAAUGGCCGCCGCGAUUGUCACCCUAAAGCCCUGUGCUCUCCGAGAGUUGCAUUGGCACCCGAACGGACCCGAAUGGAACUACUUUCUCAAGGGUAAGGCACGGAUGGGUGUGUUCGCCGCGAGUGGUCAACACCGCACUAUGAACUUUGAAGAGGGAGAUGUGGGUUAUAUUGAACAGUCGGCCCCGCAUUAUAUCGAGAAUAAAACUUUAUCAAGAGGUUUUAAUAUUGUUAUAAAACUCGUAUAA